CCUUGAUGACAAGCCGAAGUUGAGGCGGGCAGGCGAGGAUUAGUUAGAGAAGACGGACCACUCAUGGAAGAGUAGGAACGUCUUUCGACAAUAAGGUGCUCGGUCUACGUUCUGUUCUUCCCGUAGGAUCGUGAUAGUGAUGCCGACUUACCGACCUCGGUCUGCUCGUACCCCCAAAACAUGCGAAGGGGGUAUCCUCGCCUUGGGGAUCGUUAUCACCCUCUUUGAUUUCAAGACAAUGCUCUCAAGCAGAUUCUUCCUGCCCGUGGUCCUCUUCCAUGGUCCCGCUGUCGGUGAUGUGCGAAUGCACGUCCUACCGCCAAAAGCCUGCGCACCGCCUACCCAUACCCACGCUGUUCUUGAGCUCAGGAGAAUCGAAGACCACGUCGGGGAGUCUCCCAAGGCCGACGCUCUUCGGGCCGUAACGAUUCUAGCGAGGAAGCUGUCCUCAAGUCAGCAUUGGUUGGGGAGGUAGAUUAUCGGAAAGAUAAUAGAGCAAAAACUAUGUCGGAUGGAGGAUAGGGGAUGCUCUUGUAGAUGGAUCGAGAGCUGAAGCGAAGCAAAGUAUGCAAGGACUCCAAAAAGGUCGGCCUCGCAUUUAAAG